UUUCCACUUAACAACAACACUUUGGAUUUAUUUCAUGUUUUGAACUAGCAAAAAACAUGCACACCUAUUUCAUGUUCAUGCAUUAUCAAUGUUUAAUAUUGAUCUCCAUUAUUUAUUGAAAGUGGAAAUGUUCUUAAAGAUAUGUCACACAUUCGAAGCAAAUCAUUUGAUGAGAGUAAUUCACAGGAAUCCACUAAACCCUAUCGGUUAUUCUCGUAUUCAUCACUGCCUAAGAUAAAUGAUGAAAGGUAUACAAAGUGUAGAAGUGAUUGUUCGAAUAAUAAUAAAAGCACAUAUUUUACACAUGUCAGUGAUUCCACAGGCAGUGGUUGUCGUCUAAGCUAUGCAAUCAUGAAAGGAGGAGUUACGGAAAGUGAUGAAUUCUGCAAGAUUCGACCAAAAUCAUUGAAUGAAACAUCACCAAGAAAAUGGAAAUGGUUAUUUAUUAAGAGUAAUUCAAAAUUCUCCUUAUCCUCAUCAGUAUCCAUAUCGACUGGUUGUAAUAGUAUCAGUAGUAAUACUAGUAGUAGUACACGAAAUAUCUCCACAUCAUCAGCCUCAUCAUUUCGACAUCGAAAAUUUGGACUGAGUGGAUAUCUACCGAGUAUUUCAUCGUUUAAGUUUAAAUCUUCAAAGUAUGGUGGAAAUAAUAAUAAUCAGACAGUGAAUAAAAAUGGUGGUGUGAACAGGAGUAAAUAUUUUCAAAAGUUCAAUAAACCAUCGCCUUUGUGUAUCACAUACAAUUCCAAUUCACAAAUCCACAGUUCUCAAGAAGACAAUCAGCAGCAGCAGCAGCAGAGCAGCAAUAGUCAUUUCUACGGUGAACAACAACACUCAUCAACUAUGCAACACGAUAGCUGUUUUGUAGCGAAUUCAGCCACGGGAUAUAUUUUCAAUAAUCAUGGAAGUUGUAAAGUUAGAAGAGCUAAAUCUCACACCUAUACGAGUACACAUAAUCCACAUAAAGUGUGUUAUUCUCUUGGUGAGAAAGAGAAUAACACUGUCGAUGAUCAAAGAAAUCGCCGUGAAACAUGCUUUGAAUCUUUUAACUGUGAUCGUGGAAGGACAAAUUUAACAAUCACUGGUGGUAAUGAUAAUAGUAAUAAUAAUAAUAAUGAUAAUGAUAAUAAUAAUAAUGGUCACAAUAAUGAUAACAAUAACAUGAGACUAUUUCGAAGAUCGAUUAAAAAGUCUUUUCGACGCACAAUUUCAUUUAUCAGUCCAGAAAGAAGGUUCUUGUCAGGCAAAGAGAAAUCAAAUGUUGACACUAGUGAUCAUAUUAGCCACAUGUUGUCACCACGUGGUGAUAUUAGAUCACCGAGAUUGGAAAGAAAGUUCAGUAGAAUAGCUAUCGGUGUACGUGAUAAAUUAACUACAUUCUAUAAAUCACCGAAUGCAACUUCAUCGCAGUCGUAUUCAGCUGAUUUUGCUAUUUCAAAGCAUCGAGUAUUCCUGAAUAAAGUGUUUCGUUCAGGUAGGCCGACAAGAGAACAAGUUGAGGAAUGGGCACGUUCAUUUGAAGCUGUACUAAGAGAUAAACAUGGUGUUAUGGUAUUCAGAGAAUUUCUCCGUACUGAAUUCAGUGAUGAAAAUAUUCGUUUUUGGCUUAUUUGUGAAGAUUAUCGUAAUAAAUCUGGUUCAAAGAAUAUGCAACGGAAAGCUUUUAAAAUAUUCAAUGAAUAUGUAGCUGUUCAAGCUGCGAGAGAAGUUAAUUUAGAUUCAAAUACACGACUUCAGACUGAAAAGGAUCUUGAAACAGCUAACAAAAAUACCUUUGAUCAGUGUCAACGAAGAAUUCAAUCUUUAAUGGAAAAAGACUCUUAUCGACGAUUUCUCCGAUCCGAUUUGUAUUUAACAGCAUUAGAAAUAAGUAAAGAACGUGAAGACUAUCAAAUAUCGAAUAAAUUUGGUCGACAUUCUGUUAUCGAUUUUAGAGGUAUACGGAAUGCAUUUAUCUCUGCGAAAAGUUUUCCCACUGGUAUGCCUUCAACUAAUACGCAUAUUUCACGUGCAUCAAGCAAUGUUGGCAGAAGUGUAACCAAUAAAAACAGUGUUGAGAAUGCGGAUGAACACAGUAGUGCAAGCAAAAAGACUUCGGAUACUGAUACGACAGAUCAGCGUAUCAGUGUGAACUCCUUGUCUAAAGUAAAGUCGGCUGAUCACCUCAAAGAGAAGUGUAUGCAGUCUGAAAGCGUUACAAUGACAUAA